AUGCCAAAUAUGGCAGACAAUGGUCAUAAACAAAGGGAUUAUAUAAAACAAGCUACUGCUAAUGAAAAGCGCUCUACCAAGCCUCACAGAGAAACGACAAGUCAGCAUUCGAGUGGACUAGACAAUCUUGAAGACCUCGCAAAAAAUCUGCCGAAUUUGACACCAAAGCCCGCAAGUCCUUCAAAAACCAAACAUUCUUCGAACACACGCGCCUUGCAAAGCUUAGGGAAACAGGAAAUAGAUGUAGAUUCAACAAAGGAUGAAUUACCUACUAUAUCACCAGAGAAGAUAGAUGCCAUUUUCUCUCCAAAACCAAAACCGACAAAAUGGACAAAGGAAAGUCCUGUAAAAAUACCGUUAAAGACGCCUUCUCAACCAAAAAUUUCAAAGAUUGGCAAAGAGCAUUGGGAUAUAGACCCAUUUGCUCCUAUUCCAGUAAAUUCUUCUGCAUGGAAAUCUUCUUACAAUAAGAACAUUAAGAAAGCAAGCAAGCUUCCUUCGGAAAACCCCGCUAGCGAUGCUUUUGUCAUUCAGACACCAAAGAACGACGCACCAACAUGGUUGAAUACGCCGGUCCAACCAAGGACGCCUAGUUCUCCAAUGUCUACGCCUCCGCGAAGAAACUAUGGAUCACCGAAAGUUUCUUCACAGGAGUACGUUGAUCCUCUAAAGACUCAGGAUAUUCUGAAAGACCUCUUUGCAGGAUCACUCGCCGAAACCGAACCAAAUUCUGACCAGGAGAAGGAGCUCUUUAUCAAAGGAUUAAAGCUAUCUUUACUACCUCACCAAAUUCAAGGUCUACGCUGGCUGAAGAGACGGGAAAAUGGUGACCGUGAUGGCGUGCAAAAUCCUACGUCAAAAAAAAAACAAGCUCUAAAAGAACUUAAAUCCUAUGGUGGUAUUCUUGCUGAUGAUAUGGGUCUAGGGAAAACUAUACAGACAAUUUCACUAAUUCUAUCUCAUCCAUAUCACGAUGAAUCUUUAGAGACUACUGAUGAAACAGAGAAGUCUAUUAAGCCUUGUCGAUCUACUUUGGUGGUUGCUCCUUUAAGUUUGAUAAAACAGUGGGAAGAAGAGGUUCACAGUAAAAGUAACCUAAAGGCUUUGGUGUAUCAUGGUGCAAACAGAAAGAGAGAUUUAGAUCAUGUACAUGAUUAUGAUGUGGUCAUCACUACAUACCAGACGCUCGUUUCAGAAAACGCACCCGAGAAGAAAGAUGAGGGCUCCAAAAAUACGUUGAACUUGCUUUCCUUCUUUUGGUGGAGGGUCAUCCUAGACGAAGCCCAUACAAUUAAGAAUAAGGCGUCCAAAACUUCUGUCUCAUGUUGCUCUUUAAUGAGUAGAAACCGUUGGUGUCUUACUGGUACGCCACUACAAAACAAUCUGGAUGAGAUUUUCUCGUUAAUUAAGUUUUUGAGGAUACAGCCUCUGAACGACGCAGCCACCUGGAAAGAACAGAUUACACGUCCAGUUACCCAAGGGAAAGGACAAUUGGCUGUCGAGCGCUUGCGUGCAUUUCUUUCCGUCAUUAUGUUGCGAAGGACAAAAAAAGUACUUCAACAAUCAUCUGGCAGACUUGAAGACGGUGGGCUGAUGAAGCUACCCAAGCGAAUAGUUGAGAAAGUCAGUUGCCAGUUCAGCGAACGUGAAAAAGACUUGUAUCAUUCACUAGAGAAGAAAAGUGAAAAUACCAUGUCGGAAUUUAUAAAGACAGGUGAGCUCAACAAAAAUUACACAAAUGUCCUCUGCUUACUUCUCCGUUUACGACAAGCAUGUAAUCACCCAAAGCUUAUAAGCACGCAUUUACGGAAUGAUGCUGAUGCUCUUUCUGUUUCUACAAUGAAAUUUAAUGGUAAGGAUCCUCUUCCUGACCAAGCUGUCGAUGAUGUCGCCGCUAUGCUAGAAGGGAUUGGUAUCGGUCACAAAAGUAAAGUUCGUUGCGAAAUAUGUUAUACGGUACUUCCCCAAAAUACGAGUGUUUCGAUUUGCAAUAAUUGCCUGGCGAACAUACAAAAGCUUUCUGAUAAUCCUUCAGAGGUAGCUAUGGAUCAAGAAGUGUACAUGUCAUCCAAAGUAAAAAAGAUUCUUUGGCUUUUGAAGGGAGAUGCAAAAUCUGAAGAAGAAGGAAAGCGUGCACCAUCCGGAAAGUCCAUUAUAUUCUCUCAAUUCACAACCUUCCUUGAUAUCCUUGAGCCACAUCUAGUUGCUUCAAAUAUCAAAUUCGUUCGUUACGAUGGAAAAAUGACCAACCCUGCUCGUGAGGAAUCGUUGCGAAAACUAAGUGAUGAUAGCGAAGUACGCGUUUUACUGUGUUCUUUGAAGUGUGGAGCACUAGGCUUAAAUUUAACCUGUGCUAAUCGUGUAAUUCUCUCCGAUGUAUGGUGGAAUCCGGCAAUUGAAGACCAGGCUAUCGAUCGGGUGCAUAGAAUUGGGCAAAAAAGGGAUGUGUUUGUUUACAAGCUGGUUAUAAAUGGUAGCAUAGAAGAAAGAAUUGUCACAUUGCAAGAACAAAAACGAUUAAUUGCAGAAGGUGCUUUGGGAGACAGCAAAUCAAAAGUAAAAUCAGGGAAACUAUCGAUGAGCGACCUUUUGUACCUCUUCCAUAAACAAACUGAAUUGGACUAA